UUUCGUUCCGGUGGUUCUCCAGCAGAAAGCUGAGCGUUCACGAUGAGCUCUCGUGUUCUGGUCGGAGUUAAACGGGUUAUUGACUAUGCUGUCAAGAUCCGAGUAAAGCCGGAUCACACAGGAGUGGUCACAGAUGGCGUCAAGCAUUCGAUGAACCCCUUCUGUGAGAUUGCAGUGGAGGAGGCCGUCAAACUCAAGGAGAAGAAGCUUGUGAUGGAGGUUGUGGCUGUGAGCUGUGGUCCUCAACAGGUACAGGAGACGAUCCGGACGGCUCUGGCCAUGGGAGCAGACCGCGGCAUACACGUGGAAGUGACCGGAAAAGACUACGAGACGCUUGGUCCCCUGCAGAUCUCCAAGAUUCUGGCUGCCCUGGCCAAGAAAGAGGAAGCAGAUCUGAUCAUGCUGGGUAAACAGGCCAUAGAUGAUGACUGCAAUCAAACUGGGCAGAUGACAGCAGCUCUGUUGGACUGGCCACAGGGAACAUUUGCAUCUGAGGUGGCCAUAGAGGGAGACAAGCUGAAGGUGGUGAGAGAAGUUGAUGGUGGACUGGAGACCAUAAAGAUCAAAAUGCCAGCUGUGGUGACCGCUGACCUUCGUCUAAACACGCCCAGAUACGCCACAUUGCCUAAUAUAAUGAAAGCUAAGAAGAAGAAAAUUGCAAACGUGAAGCCUGGAGACCUGGGAGUCGAUAUGGCGUCCCGGUUGGAGGUGCUUCGUGUGGAUGAACCUCCUCAGAGACAAGCUGGAGUUAAAGUGGAGACAGUGGAUGGUCUGGUGGGCAAACUGAAAGAGGCAGGAAGAGUAUAGAGGAAGUAGAUGCUGGAGGGGCGCUACAGACUAACAGUGAAGGUUUUUAAUCAUUGGUCAUGGAACAAAACAUUGAACAAACUUUGAGGCCAGUAAAGUCAAGUCGUCACAAAAUCCUGACUAGACCCAUGUAGUUCUUGCUCCCAUGUGUUUUGAGUACAUUAUGUUUGUACUGAUGCUGAGAGACACUGUACUUUUAUAACCUCAUCUGUCCCAGUAUGGCUUUACCAGGUUUUCUGUGUAUUUUACAGUCUACAGAGUCAUGUAGGGAAAAAACUCAGUGCAUUAACAAAGACGCUGUUUAUUAAGCCAUUAUAUAAUUAUAUGUUCACUCAAGACAUUUGGACCUCACUUGACCUGGAUGGACCUUAUAUGAGCUUGCUGUCAUUGGUUGUGUAAUGAAAUCAGUUAUCAGAGCACUUUGAGUAAGCACACGGUGUAGUGGCUCUCUUUCAGGUUAUAUUGUUUAAAAUAAAGCGUCAUGUUUGACCGGACUGUCUCUCAGCAUGAUCAAAUACACUUUGCGCUUCUGAAAGAGUUGUGAUUGUACAGUAUCAUUCGAUGACAAUAAAAAGGUC